CUCGAGGCGCCGCAGGCCCGAGCCCGGGCCGGGACGGGAAGUUUGGAGUGCCCUUCCUUCCUCUCCCUCUCCCCUUUCCCAGGCCCGUCGCCGGCAGGGCUCCGGGAAUCCCAGAAGCCGCCCUCCUGCUCUCGGCCCCAGGGCUCCCGGAGGGGCCUUUGCAUCUUGCAGGGCCUGGGAUCCCGGGCGGGUUCCGGCGGCGGCCGGGGCGGGGGUUGGGCGAGAGGAAGGGCCGCGAUGGAGGUGAGCGGGCCGGAAGACGACCCUUUCCUGUCGCAGCUGCACCAGGUGCAGUGCCCGGUGUGCCAGCAGGCGCUGCCCGCCGCCCACAUCAACGCGCACCUGGACAGAUGUUUGCUGCUGCACCCGGCCGGCCUCUCGGAGCCUGACGACGACGAGAGCCUCGGCUCCGCGGAGCCCGGGAGGAGGCCGAGCUCGCCGCCGCCGCCUCCGCCCCCGCCGGGCGGCUGCAAGAGGAGGCGCCUGUCCGGGGGCUCCCUGCGCCUACCUCCCGCCACCCCGACCGGCGAGAGCAGCGACGGCGAGGCCGACGAGCCGGACGAACCGGGGCCGCCCGACGGCAGGGAUCCCUACGACCGCUGCCCCAGCCCGUGCGCCGGCGCCCACGGCAUCCCCGCCUUCGCCCGGGGCCCGGCCGGGAGUCCGCUGCCCCUGCGGAGGAAGGUGUCCAGCAAAAGGCCAGUGGCGGCUGCAGCCUCUGCGUCCGCCGCCGCCUCCUCCUCGGCAGCCGCUGUCUCUGCAACCCCGAGGUGCUGGAAGGAGAGCGAGCGCUCCGAGGACGACGAGGAUGAAGACGACGACGAGGCGGCGGCCGCUGCUGCGGCGGCGGCGGUGGCGAUGGGCGGCGAGGACGACGACGAGGACCGAGAGGACUGGGAGGCCUCGGCGCCCUCCACCGCCACCUUCCGGGAGAGCGCCGGGCACCUGGGCCCCGGGCGCGCUCAGCCCCGGACCCCGGCCCGCGAGGAAAUCUGGCAGAAGCUGGUGGGCAAGCCUCUGGCCGACAAGAUGCGCCCCGCCACGCUGCAGGAGUACAUAGGACAGAACAAGGUGGUGGGCCAGGAGACCCUGCUGAGGUCCCUCCUAGAGUCCAACGAGAUCCCCUCCCUCAUCCUCUGGGGCCCUCCGGGAUGCGGCAAGACCACCUUGGCAUAUAUCAUAGCCAACAACAGCAAGAAAAAUAGCAUGAGGUUUGUGACUCUGUCUGCAACAAGCGCCAAGACAAGUGAUGUCCGAGAUGUCAUAAAACAAGCCCAAAACGAAAAGAACUUUUUCAAAAGGAAAACCAUCCUCUUUAUUGAUGAGAUUCAUCGUUUCAAUAAAUCUCAGCAGGACACUUUCCUUCCUCACGUGGAGUGCGGGACGGUGACCCUGAUUGGAGCCACUACGGAAAACCCUUCCUUCCAGGUCAACGCUGCACUUCUCAGUCGGUGCCGGGUGAUUGUCCUGGAGAAGCUCUCAGCAGAAGCAAUGAAAACAAUUUUAAUGCGAGCGGUCAGCUCCUUGGGGCUCCGGGUGCUGGACCAGGGCAGGCCCACGGACUCUGUGAGCCACGGCAACAGCAGCAGCUGCAGCAGCAGCAGUUCUGAAAACUGUGGUAGCACAUUUUGGGUGAGGAAUCGACCCCCAAUCUUUGAAAAAUGCCAGUUGAGUGGCACUCAGUGUCUGAUGCCCCCUGUGUACAUAGAGGACAAAGCUGUCAAUACUCUAGCUUAUCUCUGUGAUGGGGAUGCCAGGACUGGACUGAAUGGACUGCAGUUGGCAGUCCAGGCCAAGCUUGGCUCAAGGAAACCAUUUUGUAAGAAGACCGUACAAAAUUAUUCUGGUGAAGGAGUUUUAAUCACAGAAAAUGAUGUGAAGGAAGGCCUGCAGCGAUCCCACAUUUUGUAUGACCGAGCAGGCGAAGAGCAUUAUAACUGUAUCUCUGCACUCCAUAAGUCCAUGCGUGGCUCAGACCAGAAUGCUUCACUCUACUGGCUUGCCCGAAUGCUUGAAGGGGGUGAAGACCCACUGUAUGUAGCCAGGAGACUGGUGAGAUUUGCCAGUGAAGACAUAGGCCUGGCAGAUCCUUCUGCGUUGACCCAAGCAGUGGCUGCUUACCAAGGCUGUCAUUUUAUAGGGAUGCCAGAAUGUGAGGUCCUUCUAGCACAGUGUGUGGUUUAUUUUGCCAGAGCCCCAAAGUCUAUUGAAGUGUACAAUGCCUACAACAACGUCAAAGCCUGCUUGAGAAACCACCAGGGUCCUCUUCCACCUGUCCCCAUGCACCUGAGAAAUGCACCCACCAGGCUCAUGAAGGACUUGGGCUAUGGCAAAGGCUACAAAUAUAAUCCUGCCUACAAGGAUCCCGUGGAACAGGAAUAUCUGCCUGAAGAAUUGAGAGGAAUAGACUUCUUUAAGCAAAAACGGUGCUGAACUUUAAGAUGUUCUAAAAGGGAGGGCCAAGAAGGAAGAGCCCCUGGUUUUUUUUUUUGUUUUGUUUUUUUGUUUUUUUAGUUUGUUGCCUGUUUGGGAGGGUGGGAGGGUAGGGGAUGGUUAAAUUAUCAACAGUUUGUGCCAGGACUUUAACUCCUUCAAAUGGGAGGCAAAAUUACUUCCGUGACCAAAUGCCUGACCUUGAAGUGCUGUUCAUUUGUACUCUGCAAAGCAAUGCUAAGGAAAGAAACUGGCAGCCAUGUGCAAUGAGUGAGUGUCAGUCAGUAAGGAGCUAGCUAUUUUGUCAGAGUAUUUAAGUUGCAGAUUCAUUUUGUAAUUCAGUUCAGUAGUAUGAUAGUUGUUUUCCUUUUUUAAAAGUGUAUAUUCUGGGUAAUUUUAACUGUUAAGAAAAAAAAAAUUACGAUUUAAUACUGCAUAGUGUUUUAAGUAUUUUUUUUAUAUGGAAAGGUCUUAUGAACCAAUAAAGCUAUUUCAAAGUA